AUGCCUGCCGUGUUAUCAAAGCCGGGCUCACCCAACCCUCUUGGGCUGAGUCCUGUGCAAAAGGCCGAGAUGAUGACCUGCAUACAUACAGCCAUAGAAGACCUGCGAACCGAAAUGAUGCCAAAGGUCAACCAAAAGAAGUUUCAGAGCCAGAGAUCGCAGCCUCCACAGAUCAAUAUUAUUCCUCCAUCUGCUCCCCCUUCCUUUGCACCCACCUCCCCAAUCCUGGAUGCUGACAAGGCGAACGAUUGGCUGACUUCUGAGGUUGGGUACUUCCUCCCUGAUUCUACUCGCGAUGAGCAUGUGCGCAUGGUGAAUGAUGCUCUGUACUUCAGCAAUGUCCUUGCAUUCGUCAGCCACAUUCGGGCCCUGGCUGCCUUCAAGAACGAGAACACCAUCCGUCUGAACAUUUACUCUUGCCUGCGAGGCGAGGCACUGGAAUGGUUCAUCUCCGAGCUCUCGCUGUCCGAGAAAGAGAAGCUCCGACGCUCCUCUCUCGAGGAAGGCUGGAUUGAAAACCUGACCAAACGAUUCAAGACCCCUCCAUCUCACGCCCUGAGAACUCUGAAAAAGUCCAAGUACAACUGGGGCGAUGUUCGAUGCCAGCGGUCCCUUGUCAUGUGGGCUCACAACAUGUUGCGCCGGGCCCAGGAAUCGAUGGAAUACCCACUAGUCUGGCAGCAGGUCCACGCAGUGUGGGACCAGAUUGAGAUUCCUAUCCGAGGAAAUGUCAACGAGCCAUCGUCGGAGACGACUGUUGCGAGCUUCAUGGAAGAACUAGACGCAUGGUACAAUCUGUGGCGCUAG